AUGUUUGUUCCAGUAAUGCACCAUUUGCAUUUGGGCGUUGUUCCUAUGUGCGCGUUGACCUCAUUCUGCCUAAUGGUUAUCUGCUUCUGCUGCAAGCGAUCCAGCUGGACAAACGUACGAAAACGUACUCGUGAGCGUGUAGUGUCUGGCGGCAGCUUGUUCCUCACCAUGGAUAACCCAAACUCGGAAGUAUCUUGUUGUCCACAUCCAUUCCUCCCACCCUCCAUUUAUGAUAUUGGGCCUGACGGGAUCAGUGUCACAGAAAAUGUUCAUGGUGGUCUGGAUACACCUACUUCCCUUGGUCCCCAACCUAUGACUGCUUUAAUGCGACAAGAAAGCUGCUCUCAUCGAAAUUGCGAGCUUCCACCAGUCCCUGAUGGAUCAGAUCCGAAACCAGUUCACCAUCCCUCUGCCAAGAUGCCUCUACAACAUGCAGUUAUAGAUGAGCAACAAUCCGAGUCAGAUGGGCUGUACGCGAGCGUUGGUCAUUCUGGUUCGACCGCGAUUCGUGACAGCGCAGUUCCUCACAGGACAAGCGUUGUGGACUCUGUUCAUGCGCCAUACUACUCUAGUGUCAGUAGUAUGAUUGCUCCCAAUGAAUAUGGAGAUACCUCAGAAGAUUCGGUUCUGAGGUUCCACUCACAUCCUACUCCACAGACAUCUCAGAUAGACAAUCUGUAUGCUCGUGUUAAACCCCGUUUUGAGAGAGCUCCUGUUAGUGGACGGCUUCCUCGAGAGCCCAAUGCUCCGUUCGUCCAUGCACAGACAAGUGCUCCUGGCUGUUCCUCCGCCGGUCCUGAAAGUUCACAACCCCCACUGCCGGAACGAGGCUACGAUCAAUGUGAAAUCGGUUUGGUCAACAGGAAUCGUACAUUUCGUACUUAUUUCGGGUCUGGUAAUCAUAGUGGGACAGUGGGGCCUUCAUCUACGAGUUCGAACCAGCUCAAUGUUCGCAGUGUCUUUUUUCCCGCGACUACCCAGCACAAUGUUGUGCCAUUGCCAUUCAUCUCCCCACCUCCCGAACCAUUGCCAGAUGGGAACAAUUACGGCAAAAUAAGUGUACGUGAAUCAUUGGCAAGUUUACGAGCCCGGAAAGCUUUUCCCAUUCUCGAAAUGAGUCCCUUUGGAGAGCACCCACCCCCCAAUAUUACGCUCACUGGACAAUCGGAAUAUGAACAUGUUUCUGGUUCUGCGAGUGAUACUAAUAACUCUACGUACGAAUUCACUCCGCAACCUACCGUAUACAGUGGAGUUAGAGCGUUCGAAGCCUACGCCACCCACGGUGAUAUCCAGGAUGAACAACAUUUGAGUGAUGCAUAUGCCGAACUUCCUGAUACAGUUGCCGCUCCAGACGCUGGUCCCAGUGAAAACAAUCAAAUCUCCACAAGGCUACAAAACACAGCACACGUAUCCAACACUUUGACGACAAAUACGUUGGAACCACAUCUUCAACGUGACAGUGUUUCUCACCAGUUGGCUACGCCAGUAACAGUCGACUCGCGGCAACUCCGUUCAACCCCUCUCCAUGCUUCCCGUAUCCUGGCCGAAAUGAAGGCGUUUCGCCAUAUGGAUAGUGAGGGUAUCGCGCGUGUGUUGCUCUCCAAGCAUCAAUACCAGAUCACCCACUCUUAUGUUUCUUCUGAGAGUCGUUCAUUUAUGUCGCGAUUGAAGCAGUGGAAGGUAUUCUCUCAGCCAGCGGCGCCAAAACAUGUCGGCCAUCAAUUGACUCUGUCUCCACUGCCCAGUAUAUCGGUGCCGUAG